CCGUAGCCGAGACAGCUCCCCUUCUCUUCCUGAACCGCACAACCUCAGUUUGACCGUUCUUUCUGCUCGGAAUGGGCUGAGAAAUAAUAACCCUGAUAUCUGUGUUGUGUUCUACAUCUUUCGGGCUACAUACCAAUACCGCGGCCACUGCGCGAGGCCGAAACGCUCAACUCGGAACACCAGGCAACAUUCUCAGUGUUCUCCAUCUACUCAACUACGAUCCUGUGGCCUCGGAACAUGGUCCAUGUCCUGAUGUAUCGCAAUGGAGGGCAACACCCGAGUUUUCAGUCCAGAUGACCUCCGACUCGCGCUGGGUCUCAUCUUCACGCCGGACGUCGUGCAGCCUGUCCAGAUCGGAUCCUUCCUGACCGCUCUGCACAUCGAACAUCUCGAGAGCGACCUGAAUAUCUCGCGGCAGCUGCGGAGGUCCUUCGUGGACGGCACUAAAGGCAACGGUGGAGGAUGCGAGACAGACUUUGUGGUGGACAUCGUCGGGACUGGCGGAGACGGGCACAACACCUUCAACGUGAGCACGACCGCGCAUCGUCGCUGCAGGGCUGGUGCACGGGUGAUCAAGCACGGCAGUCGCGCGUCCACCUCUUCAUCAGGAUCCGCGACCUGCUGCAAUCGCUUGGAUGUCUGUUCACUGCACCCACGCGGACACGCCCAUGCCCAUACCCGCAUCCCCUUACUUCAUCCUCGCGCCUCACUAUCACCCGCACUAGCGAUGAUAGCGCCGUACCGGAAAGCGCUCCCACACCGGACCAUGUUCAACGUCCUCGGGCCUCUGAUCAACCCAGCCUUCCCCAAAGGCAUGGUACUGGGCGUGGCAGAGCCCGCGCUCGGACCCCCGUUCGCCCACUCGCUCAGCGACGGCGGCGUGCAGCGCGCCCUCGUCGUCUGCGGGGCCGAGGGUCUGGACGAGAUAAGCUGCGCGGGCGAGACGCACGCUUGGGAGCUCGUCGACGGCAACGUCACAGAGAAGACGCUGCACCCUGAGCAAUUUGGCUUGGCGGUACACCCGCUGUCAGCGGUCGCAGGCGGGACACCCGAGGAGAACGCGGAGACGUUCAAGUUGCUGUUGAUGUCCGGAGACAAAAUUCCUGAGCGGUUGACACCCGUGCUGCACUUUGUCCUGAUGAACGCGUCGGCGCUGCUUGUCGUAGCUGGCGUUGCGCACGACUUCAAGGAUGGUGUCCAGAAGGCGCUGAAGAGCAUCACGUCAGGGGCGGCGUGGAGAGCACUGGAGGAAUUCAGGGAGACAGGCAAGGCUGCUGUGCGACAGAUUUGAUCACACUCUGGGCGAGUUUGGGAAUAGAAUUCAGAUGUAGCACUGAGGUAUCUU